GCCUACGGAUUCCUCGCGGGGACGUCCUGGGGAUCUCCCGGGACCAACGCCGACAUCUGGGGACCUCCGCAGUCCUGCAGGGAGUUCACAGUGCAGAAGCCUGGGCCUUUCUGGACCAGCAAGCCGUUCGAGAAAGAUGCGUUCCAUUUUGGGAAGGCUCCCGAAGAGGAAGUCAUCGGAUACCUUGGAGACGACCGGAUAUUGAUCAAUAUCUCGCCAUGCGGCUAUGGGCACGCCUUGUUGGUCCCAUCCGAGGCAGCCGGGCUGCCACAGGUGAUGACCGAGGCUGCAGUGGGGGCUGCGAUGCGCUGGGUCGCAGCUUCGCGUCCGGAUUUCCGAGCUUUCUACAACUCGCUCAGCGCAUGGUCAUCCGUCAACCACCUGCAUAUUCAGGGGCACUAUUUGCGCCCCAUCUUCGAGCACGAGGACAGCUAUCCGGUGGAGAGGGCGCCACGGCGGCCACUUGGCUCAGGACUUGACUGCACGCUGGAGGAGGCCAUUUGGCCUGCCGCCUGCGUAGUGGUGUCGGGCGCAGGGCGAAAAGACGCAGCCUGGAGGGUGAUACAGGAGUUACACCGGCUGGAUAUCCCGCACAACGUUGUCUUCUCUUCUGACUCCAUCUUCAUUUUCCCGCGGCGCCCUCAGACCUUGUCGUCACUGCCUGGUUUCAGAGAGCCAGCGUUUCAUCUGUCAGCCUACGAGCUUAGCGGCCUAGCGCUUGCGGAUACGCAGGAGUCCUUCGAAGCUUUGGAUGAGGAAGGUUUCAAAUCUAUACUGAUGGAGCUAAUACCUGAGGGCUGGCCUCAGUUGCGCUCUGCUUUGACAUCAGCCUUUCUGAGAGUCGACAGCGCUGCGUCGGAGUGCAAGGAAACGCCUUUUCGCGCCUGGCAUACGUCGGAGGACAAGGGAGAGCAUCAGGCUCAGGACGAGCAGGAGGAGGGGUCUGGAGGAGGAGUUUGGGAG